AUGAAAGGCAUUGACCCGGCAUCUCCCGGCAGCUGCGGCGAGAACGGAGGCGGAGACGGCGGAAUCGUUCGCUUCGAAAUAGAGAGGCGCCUUUCUGUUAAGAGACGCGCUCGAAGCGGCAAGGAAGUCCGAUGGCUGCUUCUGCUGCUCUUUGCAGCUGCCGUGCGUGUGGGUCUUGGGAGCCGUUCUCACCGACAUUUUCCCUCGCGCGUCUUUCUGUCUCCUUUCGACGUUUCUCAUCAGAAUCCUCGCGCCUGCGUCGUCGCCCCUUCGCCAGGCCGCUUACCUUUCGUCUCUCCUGCCUCUUGGGCGUCUCCUCUCGAGGCGAAUGGGCUGGCUGUGUCGGCGUCUUCCAGAGCGCGUUGCCUCCGUCGACUUCGUCUAGGCACUUCGCCCUAUGUCUGUCGGACCUUUUCCUGCCUUCUUUCCUCUUCUUGUUCUCCAGAUCGGCUCUUCCCCGGCGUCCACUGUUCCGCCGCCGGGGAGUCUUUCGUCGCGGCCUCGGGAUUCGUAGCUCCGGUCUUUCCCUCGCGUGCGCCUGCCGCCCAGGCCUUUCCUCGCGACGCUUCUGGUUCCUCCUGUCUCGCCUCUCCUGUCUCUGUCUCCUCUUUUCCCUCUUCCCGGCCGCGUCGCCGCGCGUCUCCUCUCGCUUCCCACGCCUCUUUCCCCCAGAGUCCUCCGCCCGACACGCUUCCCGAGUAUUUCCACAACUACCCGCCGGCAGCUGAGGGCGACGACGCCACAAGGCGGUUUCGGCCAGGCCUCACGGCUGAGAUGGAGAAGGCCCUAGUCGGCUACGAGUUCGGCGUUCGCUUCAGUCGCCCCUCAGAUGACCAGUACGUCCCAGGCUUCACGCAAUCCCGUAUCGCCGCCGCGGUGCGUCCCCACAAGUCCCUCGCCGCCGCCACCAUCGCCGACGCGCUCGGGCCCCGACCGGCCGCUGCCCCGCGCCCAACGGGCCCAUUCGACGCGGCGCACUCCCAGGACGACGGAGACACCGAGACACCGCGGGACCAGGCCAAGGAGGAGACCUCGCAGAGCGCUACGCCCUCGAACCCAGACACAGACAAGGACGGGCCGUCAUCUUCACCAUCUUCAUCUCCGUCUUCUUUGCGGUUCUAUGAUCGCUUCCCGUAUGAUGCACAGGCGGCAGGAGCGCCUCCAGGAGACGCGCGGGAGUUUGCGGCGGCUGAGAGAAGGCGGGAAGAGGAGAGGAAAAAAGCAGAGCGCGAGGAAGAAAACGGCUUCCAGGUGGGCCUUCAAAUCCAGCUGCUGCGAGAGGGCGUUCUCUCAAUCAUGGGCGGCGAAGGCGCCCUCGACGCGCAGCCUCGAGGAGAAGACAGCGUCAUUCUCAUGAAAAGAAAAGUGCCCGUCAACCGGCUGAAACUCUUCCAGUGGGACAAUCUCGAAGUCGCCUCUGCCGGCGGGCAUCUGCCGCCGCUGCAUCUUUCGCUCGUUCGCGCCGUCGAACUCCUCCGGACCUGCCGCCGCGCGUUUGGGCCCGAAGGCGCUCCUCGCCACUUCGCGGUCCCUCCGCCGUCUCGGAGCGCCGCUUUGCUGCAGGAAGAAGCGACUGCGGCUGCAGCCAGGGCUCUCGCCGACGAGGCGGACGCGCACUCCGCCGAGCAGGCUCUGGAAACGUUCCGAAACCGGCAAGGACGCAGCGAGCAGGCCUGGCCCGCGCACCUCGUGGGCCUCUCCGUCGGGGACCAGAAAAACGCCUCGCCUCUCGACUGUCGUUGCUGUCUUUGCUGUCUUUUUGCUGUCUUUUUGCUGUCUUUAGGAUUUCGCUGGGAGGAGCCGGAACCUGCAGAAGACGAAGCUGAGGAGUUCAGCAUCUUCCUCGAGGCCUUCGCUGCCUACAUGAGCGCCAAGCAGUCUGGCACCGUCGCCCGCGAAGACGAGGCCGAGGCGCCUGCGGAAGUCAGCCUGGAUCCUUUGCACCCUUCGCCCGCGCUGGCGCCGCCGCGCGCACCCCUGCGAGCUCCUCCCGCCUUGCCUGGGCGUCUUCCCGCGUCUCAACUUCCGUCCCGUUUCUUCAAAAUUCCGGCUCGAGAGCCGUUCCCAGAGUAUCUGUGGGGGUACCCGCUCGGCGCGAUGGUGGCCGAAGUGCGAAAGGGACGGAAAUUCCUCAGAGCCGAGGCGGUCCAGCUGCUUCUCGGUGUCGAGUUCCCCAUUCAAACCAUCGAGGGAAUCGAACGGUUCCUUAGCGCGAACGGCAACCGCGAGAAGACGCCCUCAGAGGGGACGGACACGACCAAAGAGAGCGAAGCAGCAGAAAGCACGGACGGACUCGAGUCACCAGGCGAAGAUGAAGGGUUUGUGGAGGCGCUGCCGUUGGCGGACGUUCGCCGCGCGCAGGAGGCCCGCGAGCGCGAGUCUGAAGACACGGGGAGCGGCGAAGAAGUGACGGAGACGAACGAGAAGGCGACAGACGCCACGGAGACGGAGACAGACGCAAAGACGGCGUUUGUGAAGGAGGUGGACAUUCGGGAACUUCGAAAUCUCCUGGCAGAUGUCGCCAACUUUGAAGAGGCGGCUGAGACAGCAGUCUCUGCCUCGCGUCCCUCAGCACCUGCCGCCGAGCCUGCGCAACCGCAGCUGGCCUUUCCUGUAUCGCCGUACUACGAGCUGAUCGUGCCUGCUGAGUUUCCCUUGCCGCCGCCUGCGCGGGUGCCCGAGCCCCGUCGUGGACUUCGCUGGCGGCUCCAGGCUCUCCAGGAGCGUCUUUGCAGAGCGAGCGCAGCAGCGAAUCUGGGGCAACCGCAGGCUGCGGACCCGACGCCUGCCUCCGAGGCGCAGUCCGUGGAAGAUGCGAAGCAGUCCAAGAAAAGAGGGAAGGAAGGGAAGAAGACAGGUGGGCGGCGGAAGAAGUUGCGGAAUGGCGCGGAGGAGAAGGUCACUGAAGCAGAAAAGGACGAUCCGCCCUCUGGACAGACACCCGGGAAACCUUUUCUUGGCGACCGAGCGCUGAGAUAUCCACACACCCUCGUCUCCCGCCGGAGAACAGAAGGCGGCUUUCAUUACGCCUUCGACAAAUGGAGCUUCGAUGACGUCGUAGAAGCAAUGCAAUACUUCAACGACAUGUACGAAGGCACCCAUCGAGAAGUUGGCGCUGAAGAGCCGCUAACGUUCAACGUCCUCCCCCGAGGCUGGUGCAUACCCUCACCGGACCAUCGAACAUUUCCAAAACUCUUCUCCCCCUUCUCGACUCUGCCUUCUUCGUCUCUUUCUUCUUCUCCUUCGUCUCCUUCUCCUUUUUCUGCUUCUUCUGCUCCUUCUUCGUCUCCUUCUUCUCCUGCGUCUUCUUCUCCUUCUCCUUCUCCUUGUGCUUCGUCGGCUUCUAUGCCGGAGUUUCCAGAGUCUUUGUGGCCGCGAGAGUGGUGGGGGAUGCCGCUGGGGAAAUAUAUCCACGCCUUUCGGAUCGGCGACAUUGACGCGAAAUUUCACCCUCGCCGCCGGCCGGUUCUCGACCGCUUGGGCCUCACCUGGGGCGAUCCUCUCCAGUACCUCCAUUUCACGUGGAUGAAGUUAAUCAAGGCCAUGAGGUGGUGGAUGCUCUUUCGAGGGCAACCUCUGGAACAACUGUUUCCGUGGACGGUCAUCCCCGAGUCGACAUUCGUUGCCAAUGUGUGCAAACCUGAGGAGGUUCAGGGUGUGAAGAUAGGGUACCUCGUGCACAUGGCGCGGCGGCAGGAAAACAUUCUCUACCACUACUACCCACAUCGCUUUGAAAUCUACAAAAGGCUGAACCUGAACAUCUUGCCAGCUGAUCGGCUCCUACUGGACUUUCCCUUCAAAGUGGAGAAAAAAAAUCUGCCGCUACAAGGCGAACUCGGCUACCUCAUCCCCCACGUCCCGGAAGAACAAAGAGAAGACGUUUAA